AUGGCAACGCUUCUCCUCUUUACUGUUCCAAUUCAGUUGUCGUCUGCUUGCAACCUCAUCGGAGUAAACAAUCGAAAUGUGGUUGAAAAAUCGCAGUCAGCGCCAACAACUGUAUAUGCCAAGAAAUCAGAAGUUCAACAUGACACAUCAAUGGCUCAUCGUGAGAAAAUUAUUCCUCGAUUGGAUAGUUGGAUUAGAAGCGUAGAAAUACUGAAAGAGAAUCAAUGUGACAUCAUGUCUCUUUUAACCGUCCUUUUGCAAAACAUGACUCCACCACAGGCAAAUUUAGCAGAUACAAUAAACGAACACAACUUUCCUUUGCAGACAACUGCCGAUGUAUCGAAAUUCAAUAGAACAAUUAAAGAUCAAUCAAACAUCGAAAAAAUGGUCAUCUUUGUAUGUGGGAUCGGUGGUACAGCCAACAACAUUGUGGGCAGGGUCAUGAAGACUUUGAUGACAUACAGGCUGGGUAGUCAGUACUGUUUUGCCGGUGCUAACGAAGACAAACUUGCAUUUAAAAUGUUGCCCAUGUGUCAGGUGAUUAUCGAUGGAAUAAAACAAGUACACCCCAGCUUAUUAGACAAACAUACGAUUGAAGGCAAGAUAUCAACAUGGUUGCGGCACUGCUCCCGAAACGCUGCAAAAGAAACUGCGAGAGAGAACGACGAUGAAAGAGACGAAGAAUAAUUUAAUUUGAUGACAACAAACAUGUAGCAUUGUUCAUUUAUUAUUUUUGGUUCCAUUUUGUCAUAAAGAUGUUGUUGUCCCGUGUUAAUCAAAUUAUUGGAAAAAGAAGAAGCCUUAUCUCUGUUAAUUUAAACCUUUUUGUCAUUUAACUUGAAACUGAUCUCAAAACAAGAAGUUUAUUUAUUUGAGAAUUCGGGAAAAUAUACAAAAUUGAUUU